AUGGCCCUUGCGACUGGGAGUUCCAGUACAUCUUGUAAAAAGUCAUAUGUGGCAUUAACACCACCCCCACGCGCCCAUUUCCCGGGGGGCGCGGCAUUGGAAGAAGUGGUGCAUGACAAAUCCAACGGGAAUCGAAGCUAUAUCCGCAAAUUUACCGUCCUACCGGAGAGCUUAGUUGUACGUUCCAUCUCGCAGCUGCCCUGUCUCCGGCGGGUUAUCUGGCGGCGGAGGAGCGGGAUCCACGAGUACAACGUGCGCGCCAUUGUGAACGCAUUCCAGCGAGAUGCGGUUCUCAUCCAGACACGGGGUCAGCAAGUGUACUCCGACAUGGACAUGUGCACUAGGUGCCAGUCGGGGUUAGGGCCGUUCUCGACAUGUGUGGUUGCCAGGACGAGCAAUGGUGAAUAUCCCAGCUCUGGAGCCUGUGGAAACUGUAUAUGGCGUGGUCUGGCCUGUAAAUGCUCCUUCCGCGAUACUUUCAAGGGGAAUAGUGAAGAGGAGUGGCGACAUGAAAGCGAAGACGAAGAUGAGGACGAAGAUGGCGAAGAUGACCACGAAGAAAAUGCAGAACAAGAAUCAUAUUUACAGAGUCCCCCGCCCUCGCCAGAUUCCAAGACCACGACAACCCGGCGAAUAACCAAGGCCACCUCUAAAAAGCCACCUAGGCCGUUGUCAAAGUCGAACAGCCGCAUCAAAAGCAAAAACUGUCCCCAGCAAGCGGAGCCACGGGCGACCUCGAGAGCCAAAGGACACGGCAGUAUUGCCGUUGUUAUUCCGUCUCCGUCGAAGAGCACGGGCAAGGAAAUCGGCAAGGGAAUCGGCAAGGGAAUCGGCAAGGGAAUCGGAAAGAAAACAAAGCCAGCAGGGCAAAAGUACUUCAAAAUCCCGGCAUGUUUGUCCCCGAACUCAACAGAAGAUAUCCGGCAUGCCAUUGAUGAGCUCAACACAAUCCGCACAAAGCUAUCCGCCCGCCUUGAGCUGCUGGAGUGUGUGCAUCUGGCCGGCUGGGAGUAG